AUGUUUGGGAAAAAGAAGAACAAGGUGAAGGUCAAAUUCGAGGUGGAAGCGCUGCGAGUCCUCAAUCUGCCCUCCAAGCUGAAUGGCAGAGAGGUGAGGUUGGCGUGGAGCAAGGGCAAGAGGAAAUCAAACAGGGGCGAAUCAGAGGCGGCCGUGGUGCACGAUGGAACUGCCAACUUCGACUACAGAUUCACGAUUGAUGCCAGCAUGGCGCAAGACGCCGCACAACAAUUCGAAAGCAAGAAGAUUGCCUUCUACAUACGGGAUGACAAAAAGUCGAAGGUGGGCAAGGAGACCCUGGACCUGGCCGCCUUCGCCAAGGAGGGCCAGCAGUCCAACCACAACCUCGCUCUCGGCAAGAAGAACCCACCCGUGCUCAUGCUGAACCUGAAGGCGUCGUGGCUCAAGUUCAACGGCAAGUUCAUCCUGAGAGAUAGCACCGCCAGCCCGGCGCAGGGUGAGACGGGAGCGGGGAGGGACACGCUGGACAUCGACGGGCAGGAGUUCCAGCUGCGCACAGCCGACGUCAUCUCUGAGGCCGACACCUCGUGUUACACUGAUACCGGUGAUUCCGACAUGGACGCCGAUGGUAUGGACGAACUCGUCGUUGGCGGUCACGAGGGCGACGAGCCUCGGCGGGUGAAGCUGGCCAGCUCGGCCUCGGCCUCGGCCUCUUCGUCAUCCGCCUCCUCUGUCGUGGCCUCGAACCGGUCCAGCAGCGCACGCGAGAUUCCCAUCAUGGCCGGCCCGCUGUCGUCGCGUAAGUCGACCACCGCCGUGAGCCCCCCGAAGAUCGUGCUCAGCGGCGGCCUCGGCGGGGGUGCGGGCAGCGUCGCACUGGCCUCGGCCCGAUCGGCCACCGGCCUCGGCAGCGACGGCAGCGCCAGCGGAGCGAGCUCCGCGGAGCGGCAGCUGCGGAAGGACCUGGCCAAGCUGGCCGAGAAGCACCAGAAGAAGAAGAGCAAGCUCGACGAGGCCAAGAAGAAGGCCAAGGCGCUGGCCGACGAGAACGCGCGGCUCAAGGAAGAGAAGGCGCGGGCGGAGAAGGCGCUCGACGCGCAGGUGAAGGGGGCGGAGGAGGAGGCCCGAAAGCGGGAGAAGGUGGCGCGCGAGGCCGAGGACUACCGACGAAGAGCGAAGGAAAGCGAAGACGACGCGAAAGCGAAGGGCAAGGAGCUGGAGGAGGCGCGCAAACGGGCGAAGGACGUCGAGGAGGACCUGCGCAAGCGGACCAAGGAGCUGGGCGAGGCCAGGGACAAGCUCAGGGACUACGACGAGGUGCGCGAGCGGCUGCGGAUCAAGGAGGACGAGGCCCGCAAGCGGACCAAGGAAUGCGAAGAAGCCAUCAAGAAGGCCAAGGACCUCAAGGAGAAGGUGGCCACGCUCACGCAGAGCCUUAAGGAGGCGGAGGAGACCCGCAGGGAGAAGUCGGGCGUGGCCGAGGAGGAGCGAAAGCGGUGGCGCGAUAAGGAGGAGUCGCUCACGCGCGAGCACGAGGCCAUGGAGGCCCGGCUGCGCGACACCGAGGAGCGGUUCAGGCGCGGCGAGCGCGAGAUCGACGAGAUCAGGAAGCGCGAGUGCGAGAUGGAGGACAUCAUCACGCGGCUCACCGACGAGGUCAAGAGCGAGCGCGCCAACGCCGGACGCGCGCAGGAGCAGGCCAAGGCCGCCGCCCCGGCCCCUUCUUCAUCCUCCGGCAAGCGCUCCCAAAAAGCCAACAAAGCCGAAAAGACGCCGGACUUUGAUUUCCCGAUCAUCGCGUCGGGGCCGGUGCUGACCCUCGACGCCACCUGCUCCGAGAGCCCUUUCGACUCUGAUGCCGCCUCGAUCGGGAGCAGCGACUUCUCCAUCGCGGCCACCGUGUCGGCACCGCUUCCAGUCGCCAACAGCGGCGGCGGCGGCGGCAAGGUCAAGAGCGGCGGUGCCAAGCGCGACCGAUCGCUGUCGAAGAAGAAGCAGCAGCUGCUGGAGCUGGAGCGGAGGGUCAAGGAGGGCGAGGACACGAUCCAGCGGCUCAAGCAGGAGCUCGACGAGGCGCGCGCGGCGGCGGAGGAGGCCCGGCGCGAGCGGCGCGAGGCCGAGCGACGCAUGCGCGAGGAGCGCGAGCGCGAGCGCGACGACGAGCAGCGCGACCGGGGCCGCGAGCGGAGCGAGCUCGAGGAGCAGAUCGUCAAGCUCCGCACCUGCGUCGAGGACGAGAAGCGCAGGCAGCGCGCCCUGGAGGAGAAGCUGCGCAAGAAGGACAAGAAGGAGGAGAAGGCGGCCAACAAGGCGGCGGCCAAGGGCGGCGGCGGUUCGUUGGUGAGCGGCGGCAGCGGCGUGGUGGGCGCGCCGGCGUCGGGCGAGCUGGAACGGCUGCGCGGGGAGGUGGAGGCCAAGGAGCGGCGGGUGCAGGAGCUCGAGCGGCGGUGGGAGGAGCGCAGCCGGGAGAUGGAGGAGCGCGAGCGGGAGAUGACGCGCACCCGCGAGGGCCUCACCCAGACCGGCGACGACAUCAAGAAGCUCGAGCGCAAGUACAGGAAGGCGCGCCGCGAGCUCAGCUCCUACAAGGAGGGCGGGCUUCACAAGAUGGCAUCGGGCGACUGCGACGGCGACGAGAAGAAGAAGCAGAAGCAGAACAGCGGCGAGGAGAAGGCGGUGAAGGACAAGAGCCGGAGCAAGGGCGAGGCAGCGGAUGGCGAGGGCGAGAAGGAGGUCGAGAAGAAGCCGGUGAGCUGGCAGGAGAAGGCGAUGCGGCUCAAGGGCAAGCUCCACCGUAUCGAGGCCCAGCUGGCCCGCGAGCGCAAGGAGAAGGAGCACAUCAACGACAUCCUGGCCAAGCGCGACGACGAGCUCGCGCACCUCCAGCGCCAGCUCGCGCCCAUCUUCGGGCUCGACCAGAGCGGCAGCGGCUCGGGCCUGGACGAGCGCCUGCUGCUCGAAGAGGGCCAAGACGGCGAUGGCGGGCUGCCGCUGGCCAUCGCCGAGCGGCUGCCGACGGCGACGAUCAUUGCGCGCAGCAGACGGCCGCCCAAGACCUUCCUCACGCCCUUCUUCGAGUGGUGGAAGGACAUCAACGGCCGACCAGACGGGGCCAUGGGCGACCUCAACCUCAAGGCCUGGUGGACCGCUGUCGUCGUGCUCCUCCUCUCCGUCUUCCUCCAGCUCUGGUGGCGAACCACCAUCACCACCACCGCUGCUGCGGCAAAGCCUUCAGCGUGA